GGUGUUUCUUGUCCCAAUUAUUUGGGUUUGAUUGUGCAUGUCUUGCCUGUUGAGAAUUAGGAGUCAUAGCCAGAGCAUUGAAAUUAGUAGAUGAAUUUGGUCGAGUCCAUUUAUCAGAUCGGAGUUUGAUAGCAGUGCAAGAAUGCAAGGCAUUAGAAACAUACUAUUAACAGAAUUAUAUGUAUAACUAGGAGUGUAUUGGCUAGGGUUACUGUCCUCUUUUUUUUUUUUUUUUUUCUUCUUUUUAAGGAGUGGAUGGGCUACAUGAUUGGAUAUGUUGUGAAUGCUAUCAUUAUAAUGAAUAAAUUGUAUAGAAGGCUUUACUGACUUAUUCCUGUAAAUGCUUUACCUCCUGUUUAGAUUUUGAUACGUAAUGCCCCCCUCCCCCUCCCUUUUUUUUCUUUUUUUUUUUGCUCUUGAGAUAACUCAAAACUUAACUUGUGGUGCAUACAAAAUGGCAUGCAUUUCAAAAAGAUGACACACUCUUUGAAAGAGUGAUCAUGUGUUGUACUCUCCAGCUUCCAUAUGUGGUGCUUCGCACAAUUAAUAUCUGAAUCAUAAAAAGCUAAUGUGCAUAGAUUACAGUAGCUAAACAUUGGCAGCCAAUUGACUCAUUGAGAUUUGGUAACAACGAAGACAAAUUAUGGGUAUUAACAAAGGCAUGAAAGAAAUUCCUGAUUAUGAAGUCAAAAUGGGUGAGCAGUACAACUGGAUAAAGAAAACUCAGGAAUCAUUUCAUCCAGUUGAAGUUACUGAAGGAAUUUGGGUUGUGCCAGAGUGGAGAACUCCUCCUAAUAUUUGGGCAACAAAUAUAAUUCUGAAUCCUGGGUUAGCAUUUGGAACUGGGGAGCACCCUACCACUAAGAUGUGUCUGUUGCUAUUACACAGCCUAAUAAGAGGAGGAGAACUCGUCUUGGAUUAUGGCACAGGCUCUGGAGUUCUCGCAAUCGCAGCCCUUAAGUUUGGUGCCGCCUUAUCAGUUGGAAUUGAUAUAGAUCCCCAAGCAAUUACAUCUGCACGCCAGAAUGCUGCUCUGAAUAACAUGACACCUGAUAAAAUGCAAUUACACCUGGUUUCUGGCAAAAGCUGCCCUCCUUUAAUGGAUGCAAAGACAUGUGGAGUUGUGGAAGAACAGAAGUCAAAUGGAAUGGGGGUCAUUUCUGGAAGAGAGAAGUAUGAUGUGGUCAUUGCAAAUAUACUUCUAAAUCCUCUAUUGGAUUUGGCAGAUGAUAUUGUCUCUCAUGCCAAGCAUGGAGCAAUCAUCGGCCUCUCUGGUAUUUUAUCCCAGCAGCUUCCAUAUAUAGUAGAGCGAUAUUCGCCAUCCUUAGACAGCAUAUCAGUGUCGGAGAUGGAUGGUUGGGUCUGUGUGAGUGGCAGAAAGACGAGAAAUCUUGCUGACAGCUGAGGUUGCUGCUCUGAUUAACAAGUUGAGCAGUUGGCAUAUAACGCUGAUCUUUGCCCUUCGAUGUCAAGCCCUUUGGUGUACGCUCGGUAGAUUUGUACAAAGCUGUAAUUGAGUCUGAGUUUCUACUCACCAUUAAUUGGUGCUACAACAUUUACUUAAACGAUCUUGUUAAUUUAACAUUGGAUUGAGUGAACACCUGCUUUACCUGACUAGAACGAACUGAUCUUUUUGA